AUGAGCAGCUCCAGCAGUUACCACCCCGAGGAAAGCGAAGACGCCUCUGAUUCCGAGUUCGAAACGAGGCGAUCAACCACUACAAGAUCUUCAGCAACACCCUCUUCGCGAUCGUAUGGCACGGAGUACUCUGCACGCAAACUUCGUCGAAGUGCAUCCAGAUCAGAACGCCGGAAAGCUCGCAAUAGGGCGCGGGAGACGGCGUACUGGAACUUGCGCCAACAGCUCCCCGAUGAAUCGGUAGGAGCUUAUACGGAGCUUCUCGAAGAUACAAAUAGCGGCAUUUCCUCAGUUAAAUCCGAAGUUGGUGGCAAUGAGAAUUACAACGUCACGCAAAACGGAAUCGUGAUAUGGACCACCCAGGAAAAAGAGAUCUUCUUCGAUCUACUGGACAAGAAAGGCAAGAACGGGAUAAAGGAAAUUGCACAAGCCAUCGGUACCAAAUCAGAACUUGAGGUUCAGGAACAUCUCAAACUUUUGCACAAGGGUCUAGAACGGCAACACCUGAGGGAUCGUCAUACGCGCACGGUUAUUUUAGGCGAUAUUCCGGCAGCUACAGAGGUUGAGGGGAAAUGUGGGAGGGUACUUGACAAAUAUUCGGAGCUUUUGUGUCUUGAGGAGCAGUACCUAGAGGAUGUUGCUGGGAGGAAGAGGCACUACGAUACGUGGAUUAUUGAUCGAGGGAAGGCAGAGGAGAUAGAUGAGCAAAUUGACGAGAAAACCGCUGAUGAAGAAAUAGAUAAGGAAACAGACACAGCAGAAAAUGCAGAAAGCGAAGACGAAGAAAGCGAGGAAGAUAGUGAAGAGAGAGAACUCCUGGCCGUCCCCACAAACUCGCCAGUCCACCUCUCUGCAAGUCUUUUUAUCAUGUCAAAAUGGAUCCGCCUCUCUGAACGCUUUUUCAUGAACCCCAGCGGUUCCCGACUCCCAGACAACUGGACCAAGGUCGCCUAUCCAGGCGAAACCCCCUCAAUAACCGCAGACGCGUUCACAGAAUUUUACUCCAUAGCCAUAGGUCUUACACGGCGAUUAGUUCAUUCAUCACUGUUCUUCGCCAUGUCACGAAUACGCCAGAUGAGGGAUUCUGGCGGCCGUCGGAAGGCCAGACUAGUGAAAUCCCGGGAUGUUAGGACUGCACUUGAUGUACUCAACAUGAAGCAGGAUCGGUCAGACUACUGGAUUGGGCUGGCGAGAAGAUGCCAUCUGGAUGUUAUGGAUGCGAGGCAUCAGAAGGGUUGGAAGAAUGCCCGAAUGAGCCAUAAUGAAGUGGAGGACUAUCUAUCUGGGGACUUACCCAAGUCUUCUGAUGAGAAAGACAAAUCAAAAUCAAGUCGGGAACACAUAGGCGAUGAGACAGAUAACGAUGAUAACGACUCCGUCCUCUCAGACGUCCGCUCCUCCUCCGACCCGAUACCAGAAGAACAACUAUACUUAACUUCCGAAGACGAACACGCAGAAGCAGUUGACCAAAAAGCAAGCAACAUAGAAGAACAACGCCUUUGGAGAGUCCUAGGCCAUCCAGCACCAGUUAAUCUCUAUCCGGAAAUUAAGCCCGAAAACGAAGACCUAGAAACAUUACGAAAACCGACCGGAGAGCGCAAGACAAAGGAAGAUCUUGUCGACUGGCGCAAUAGGACUCUCUACCGCGGUGAAUGGGAGGAAUACGGAAAUGAUGUCUUUGAUGUAUAUGAGGAGUUAUCAGAAAACCGACGGAAAAGACGACGGAUCGUCAAAGAGUCCGUUAUACCUGCUUCUUCUGUUGGAACUGUUUCUGACGAUGAUGCGGAUGUUGAGAUGGAUGAAAUGGAUAGCCGUGACGGUGGGGAAGUUGAAGAAGUGAACACUCGCGCUACCCAACACAAGGGCGAGGACGGAAACGAAGAAGAGGAUAGUGGUGAAAAUAUGGACGAGUAUGAGGAACCUGUUCACUCCAUUGGUGUUGAGGAAAAUGUUGAUCAGAAACCUAUCAUCCGAGAUGACGAAGAGGAACUGCAAGACCAAGACGUAUCUCGAGACUCGAACGAGUCCGAAUACGGAUCAGAAAACGAUUUCAGACCGCCCCAGCAGGUCAUCAAAUACGAUCUGUCAGGGAAUGAAGACGAAGGUUCAAGAUCAAUAUCACAAUCUUCCGGCUCAGAAUCCGAAUCCAAUGGCGGUCACCAGUCUCAGCAAAGCACCAUGAAGCAGGAGGCGUCAGAGCACUCAGACUCAGAAUCAGAAAGCACCGGAACCGAGCAGAAACCCAAUAUCCCUAGCAGAUCUCAAGAACACCACCAAAGAAUCAAGCACAACCCCUCAGAAUACUGAGGUUCAAGCUCAGAAUCUGAAUCCGACGGUGAAAACACUGAAGCAGAACGCAAACCG